AUGAGUUUAAAACCCUUCACCUACCCAUUUCCAGAGACGAGAUUUCUUCAUGCAGGAUCCAGUGUGUAUAAAUUCAAAAUCAGAUAUGGCAAAAGCAUCAGGGGGGAAGAUACAGAAGAUAAAGAAGUCAUCUCACAGGCAUCUGGUUUCUUUCCAAAGGUCCAAACUGAGAGGAAAGCAGCAGGAGCCAUGAUGAAGAAGCGAAAAUGCAUCGAAGCACCGAGCUCCCCCAGCAGGCCAGGGCUGGCCAGGGCCCAGAUGGGGGCUUCCAGCCAAAGUCCCAGCAAAAAGAAACCCCCUCUGGAAACCAGGAGGGUAAGUACCAAAAUGGAAGCUUCAAGGCUCUUGGCUGAGACCCCAGCGUUUGAUAUCUCUGAUGUCCAGGUACAGGAUUCUAAGUGGGAGGACAGCCUAGCAGGGCAGAUUAUCCCACCAUCGCAGCAAAACAAUCCACCUUCACCUAAAGGACCCACAGAGCUGGGGACCAGUGGCUUCUUUGGGCUUCUAAGCUCUCUCUUCCCGUUUCGGUAUUUCUUCAGAAAGAACAGCCAGUAA